AUGGUUCUAUUUAUCGGUCUGCAAAACAUAGCCGUAGUUCUUUUAGUCUUACUUCUCCUAGCAACACCUUCGAGGGUACACGCCUUCUCAGUUUGGCUGGGCCUUCUGCAUUUACCUGGUUAUUACCUACCUGGUUUGCAUCUCAGUAGGAAUCAUAGUUGCAUGUACCAAACAUGGGCAUCGCGUUCAAACUGCUGUUGGCAGCAUCAUCAUGGUCGGCAGUUUUGCCGUCUUUCCUUUCUGUGA